CGCUGCGUGGCAUGCGCAGCCGCGUUAAAGAGCCGGCUCUGCGAGCGCUGGGCGGACGCAGGAAGCCCCUCCAUUUUGGCCAGAAUGGAGCAGUCAGAGGGGGUCAAUUGGACAGUCAUUAUCCUGACAUGCCAGUACAAGGACAGUGUCCAGGUCUUUCAGAGAGAGCUGGAGGUAAGGCAGAGGCGGGAGCAGAUCCCUGCGGGGACGAUGUUACUGGCUGUGGAGGACCCCCAGACUCGAGUUGGCAGUGGAGGAGCCACCCUCAACGCACUGCUGGUGGCUGCUGAACACUUGAGUGCCCGAGCUGGCUUCACUGUGGUCACGUCCGAUGUCCUGCACUCUGCCUGGAUCCUCAUCUUGCAUAUGGGCCGAGACUUCCCCUUCGAUGACUGUGGCAGGGCCUUCACUUGCCUUCCUGUGGAGAACCCACAGGCCCCUGUGGAGGCCCUGGUAUGCAACCUGGACUGCCUGUUGGACAUCAUGACCCACCGGUUGGGUCCAGGUUCCCCACCAGGUGUGUGGGUCUGCAGCACGGACAUGCUUCUGUCUGUUCCUCCAAACCCUGGGAUCAGUUGGGAUGGCUUCCGGGGAGCCAGAGUGAUCGCCUUUCCUGGGAGCCUGACCUAUGCGCUGAACCAUGGUGUCUACCUCACUGACUCACAGGGCUUGGUUUUGGACAUUUACUACCAGGGCACGAAGGCGGAGAUACAACGGUGUGUCGGACCUGAUGGGCUGGUACCACUGGUCUCCGGGGUCGUCUUCUUCUCUGUGGAGACUGCUGAGCACCUCCUAGCCACCCACGUGAGCCCACCGCUGGAUGCCUGCACCUAUAUGGGCUUGGACUCAGGAGCCCAGCCUGUGCAGCUGUCCCUGUUUUUCGACAUCCUGCUCUGCAUGGCUCGGAAUAUGAGCAGGGAGAGCUUCCUGGCUGGGCGGCCCCCGGAGAUGGGGCAAGGUGACAUGGAUGUAGCAGGCUACCUGAAGGGAGCCCGGGCCCAGCUGUGGAGGGAGCUUCGAGAUCAGCCCCUCACAAUGGUUUAUGUCCCUGACGGCGGCUACAGCUACAUGACGACUGAUGCCACUGAGUUCCUGCACAGACUCACGAUGCCUGGAGUAGCUGUGGCGCAGAUUGUUCACUCCCAGGUGGAGGAGCCACAGCUGCUAGAGGCUACGUGCUCCGUGGUCAGCUGCCUGCUGGAGGGCCCUGUGCACUUGGGGCCUCGCAGUGUCCUGCAACACUGUCACCUGAGGGGCCCCAUUCGCAUUGGCGCUGGCUGCUUUGUGAGUGGUCUGGAUACAGCCCACUCGGAGGCACUGCAUGGCCUGGAGCUCCAUGACUUCAUCCUUCAGGGACACCAUGUGCGGCUGCGUGGCUCCCUGAGCCGCGUAUUCACUCUUGCUGGCCGUCUGGACAGUUGGGAAAGACAGGGGGCAGGCAUGUAUCUCAACAUGUCCUGGAAUGAGUUCUUCAAGAAGACAGGCAUUCGAGACUGGGACCUGUGGGACCCAGAUACACCCCCCUCAGAUCGAUGCCUCCUCAGUGCCCGCCUUUUCCCUGUGCUCCACCCCACGAGGGCCCUGGGGCCCCAGGAUGUGCUGUGGAUGCUGCAUCCCCGAAAACACAGAGGUGAGGCCCUGCGGACCUGGCGAGCUUCCUGGCGUCUCUCCUGGGAGCAGCUGCAAACUUGUGUGGACCGGGCUGCUACACUGGACUUCCGCCGGGAUCUGUUCUUCUGCCAGGCCUUGCAGAAGGCAAGGCACGUGUUAGAGGCUCGGCAGGACCUCUGCCUACGCCCACUGAUCCGGGCUGCUGUCGGGGAAGGUUGCUCUGGGCCCCUGCUGGCCACACUUGACAAGGUUGCAGCUGGGGCAGAAGAUCCUGGCGUGGCAGCCCGGGCUCUGGCUUGUGUGGCAGAUGUACUGGGCUGCAUGGCAGAGGGCCGAGGAGGCUUGCGCAGUGGGCCAGCUGCCAACCCUGAGUGGAUUCAGCCUCUCUCAUACUUGGAGUGUGGAGACCUGAUGAGGGGUGUGGAGGCGCUUGCCCAGGAGAGAGAGAAGUGGCUGACCAGGCCUGCCUUGCUGGUUCGAGCUGCCCGCCAUUACGAGGGGGCCGAGCAGAUCCUGAUCCGCCAGGCUGUGAUGACGGCCCGGCACUUUGUCUCCACCCAGCCUGUGGAGCUGCCCGCGCCCGGGCAGUGGGUGGUGACUGAGUGCCCAGCCCGUGUGGAUUUCUCUGGGGGCUGGAGUGACACACCGCCCAUUGCCUAUGAGCUUGGAGGAGCAGUGUUGGGCCUGGCUGUGCGGGUGGAUGGCCGCCGGCCCAUCGGGGCCAAGGCACGCCGCAUCCCGGAGCCUGAGCUCUGGCUGGCAGUGGGACCUCGGCAGGAUGAGAUGACCAUGAGGAUAGUGUGCCGGAGCCUGGAUGACUUGCGAGAUUACUGCCAGCCUCAUGCCCCAGGGGCCUUGCUGAAGGCAGCCUUUAUCUGCGCUGGUAUUGUGCAUCUCCACUCAGAGCUCCCUCUGCAUGAACAGUUGUUACACUCCUUUAAUGGUGGCUUUGAGCUACACACGUGGUCAGAGCUGCCCCACGGCUCUGGUCUUGGCACCAGCAGCAUCCUGGCAGGGGCUGCCCUGGCUGCCUUGCAGCGGGCUGCAGGCCGGGCAGUGGGCACGGAGGCUCUUAUCCACGCAGUGCUGCACCUGGAGCAGAUGCUCACCACAGGAGGUGGCUGGCAGGACCAAGUCAGUGGCCUAAUGCCUGGCAUCAAGGUGGGGCGCUCCCGAGCCCAGCUGCCCCUAAAGGUGGAGGUGGAGGAAAUCACUGUGCCUGAGGGCUUUGUCCAGAAGAUGAAUGACCAUCUGCUCCUGGUUUAUACCGGCAAGACCCGAUUGGCCCGGAAUCUGCUGCAGGACGUGCUGAGAAACUGGUAUGCUAGGUUGCCCGUUGUGGUACAGAAUGCCCGCAGACUGGUGCGACAGACAGAGAAGUGCGCUGAAGCUUUCCGCCAAGGAAAUCUGCCUCUGCUGGGACAGUACCUGACCUCAUACUGGGAGCAGAAGAAGCUUAUGGCCCCAGGCUGUGAGCCGCUGGCUGUGCAGCGAAUGAUGGAUGUCCUGGCCCCUUAUGCGUAUGGCCAAAGCCUGGCAGGGGCAGGUGGUGGGGGCUUUCUCUAUCUAUUGACCAAGGAACCGCGGCAGAAAGAGGCCCUGGAAGCUGUCCUGGCCAAAGCUGAGGGCCUCGGCAACUACAGCGUCCACCUGGUGGAAGUGGACACUCAGGGCCUGAGCCUGCAGCUGCUAGGACACGACACCCAUCUUUGUGGGGCUGGGCCUUCUGAAUCGGGCAACACCUAGAGCUCCAGCUGUGCGUCCCUUCAGUGGGGCUCACUUUGCUGUCCCUCACCUACCUCUUCAAGUCUGCUGCUAAGGAAGGAAGCAAGGCUUGGACAGAAGAGGUAGUGUUUGCAAACAGUACUGUGCUUCAUGGUGGCAGUGGCUAAGACUUGGCCUCUAUUUCAUCUGGAUUAAGGGAGGUCUUAGUCACACUGUCUCAUGUGGACUCUACAAAUUCCAUGGCCCAGUAUAGGCCUCCUAGGGUCCUGGAAAGGAUGACAAUCAGACCAACUCUGAAGAUAGACUUUCAGGCAUUCCCAUAGCAACUUUGAUCCUCAGCCUUCUACAGCAGGUGCCAGGGAAGAGUGAAGGUGUGUUCUCAGGUCUGUGGUAGUGAACCACUUUCUGCCACAGUCUACAGCAAGUUUUUGAUAACCUAAGCCUUUCCAACAACACUACAGUGUCAAAGGAACCUGGGGGCAGUGGGUUCUCAACUCAAGCAUCCUUGGAAUAAAUUCUAAUUUUCAAGUUUG